GUUGCAGUCACUGUCAAAAUUGUCUAAAUAAAUUAAAAAUGACGUAUGAAUUGUUAAAAUAAAAACAAUGAGAUUUAACAAUAACUUCCAAAUGCAUAAGAAAUAAAUUCUUUACGUAUAAGAGAAAUUGAAUUAGAAUAAUAAAUGUGUGUGGCUACAAGAGAUAUAAUGGAUUGUAUGUUUGAAGCUUGUUUAGAAGCAACACUGGAACCAGAUGAUAUCCCAAAAACAACUGAGCCAGUAUGGAUACUUGGAAAAAGGUACAACGCUGUUCAAGAUAUCAACAAAAUAAGACAAGACAUAGUUUCGAGACUAUGGGUCACCUACAGAAAAAACUUCAUUCCGAUAGGAGGCAAUGAAGGGCUUACAUCAGAUAAAGGAUGGGGUUGUAUGUUAAGAUGUGGACAAAUGGUCCUGGCACAAGCUUUAGUAUCUCUACACUUGGGAAGAGAUUGGCUAUGGGAUCCUCAAUCCAAGGAUUUAACAUAUUUAAAGAUUCUCAAGAAGUUCGAAGAUCGUCGGCAAGCUCCUUAUUCCAUACACCAAAUAGCUCUGAUGGGGGCAUCUCUAGGCAAACAAGUGGGGGAGUGGUUUGGACCCAAUACUAUUGCACAAGUUCUUAAGAAACUGGUAAAAUAUGAUGAAUGGAGUAGAUUAGCAAUUCAUGUAGCUUUAGAUAACACAGUUGUAAUUUCUGAUAUAAAGGAAUUAUGCUUUUUAAAAAGGAAACUUGAUGGUACAAAUUUAACAACCUACGAAUGGAAACCAUUAUUACUUAUUGUGCCCCUGAGGUUAGGGCUCACUGAAAUCAAUCCUAUAUAUGUUAGUGGCUUGCAAAAAUGCUUCCAGUUUAGGCAAAGUCUAGGACUGAUUGGUGGAAAACCGAAUGUCGCUCUUUAUUUUAUCGGUUGUGUGGGUAAAGAAGUGAUAUAUCUCGAUCCUCAUCACACCCAAAAGACUUGUUGUGUCGAAAAUAAAGAAACUAUCGAACAAAUAGAAGCAGACUUAACUUAUCAUUGUAAAUAUGCAUCUAGAAUCAACAUACUCAAAAUGGAUCCAUCGAUAGCUAUGUGUUUCUUUUGUAAAACGGAACAAGAUUUUGAUGAUUUUUGUCAGAGAGUAAAAACUGAUCUUAUCGAUCCAGAAAAAGAGCCAAUGUUCGAAAUUAGUUUUAACAAACCAAAAGAAUGGUCACCAAUUUUAGAAAACGCCGUAGAAGCUGGAGCUGCAUCAUUCACAGAUUACCAAGAAUCUAGUAGUAAAUAUUUUGACUCAGACCACGAAUUCGAGAUUCUCUAAUGUAUUGAAUCGUCGCAGAUGCCGUAUUUUGUGUUCGAUGGCCAAUGUGAACUAUUAUAUUGUAAUUAAUAACGACUUUGACGAACUUGAAAACAAAAAGUGCUUAUUAAGAGAUAUUGCUAUGCAUUUACUUUAUUGUACAUACAUGAAGAUCACUUGUUAAUAAUUUUUGUAUGUAUAUUAAAUAUGUUCAUGAGUUUUUUAUUUAUAUCA